AUGAACUGGGGGUUUUUCCAAGGGCUCCUCAGCGGGGUCAACAAGUACUCGACAGCCUUCGGCCGCAUCUGGCUCUCCGUGGUCUUCAUCUUUCGCCUGCUCGUCUACGUGGUGGCGGCCGAGCGGGUCUGGAGCGAUGACCACAAGGACUUCGACUGCAACACGCGGCAGCCGGGCUGCAGCAACAUCUGCUACGACCACUUCUUCCCCGUGUCCCACAUCCGCCUCUGGGUUGGGUGA